AUGGCCUCUGUCUCAGAGCUCACCUGCAUCUACUCAGCCCCUAUCUUGCACGACAAUGAGGUGAUGGUCAUGGAGGAUAAAAUCAAUGCCCUCAUUAAAGCAGCUGGUGUAAAUGUUGAACCUUUCUGGCCAGGUUUGUUUGCAAAAGCUCUGACCAAUGUCAACAUUGGGAGCCUCAUCUACAAUAUAGGGGCAAGUGGACCUGCUCCAGUAGUUGGUGCUGCACCAGCAAAAGGUCUUGCCCCCUCCACUGCUGCUGCCCCUGAUGAGAAGAAGAAAGUGGAAGCAAAGAAAGAAGAAUCUGAGGAGUCCGAUGAUGACAUGGACUUUGGUCUUUUUGACUAAGCCUCUUCUGUAAUAUGUUCAAUAAAAAGCUGAACUCAAAAAAA